AUGAACGGCUUGGAACAUGCACUACAUUUAUUGGCAGGUUUGUUUAUUUUUGGAACAUUUUUUCAUGGUUGAGUUACUUCUUUAUUGUUCGAGAUUUGAACAAUUUUUGGUUAAUUUUUUGGGUUAAAAAAUUGACUUUGAGAAAAAGAAAAUGAGCUCUGUUGAAUUUUCUGAAGUUUUGUUCUUAGGUUACUGUAAUUUCAAUAUGUAGUGAAUUUUAGAAUAAACUUUUCUAUAUUUUUUGAAUCUAGGUUACUGUACUCAUAAGGUAGAAAUUCAAUAUUUUCCAAAUUUUAAAUAGUUUCAAAUGGAUUCUUCAAAAUAUGGUAUUAAGGUGAAACGUGAUUAUAUUUUUGUGGUUCAGAAUCUUUUUUGAAAAGCCCUCAUUCCGAUUUUCUAGGAAUUCAUGUAAAUUAAUACAUCUGUCAAAGUCGAAAACUUUCCAGAUGUAUUUUACAUUUUUCUCGGAACAAACAAAAAUGUUGCAUUUUGUUGGUUUCGAUUUUUUUUCAAAUCAUUCCAUCUUUUUCUCAUCAUCUUCUUUCUUCUUCUUCAAUUUUUCCUAUACAAAUUUUGUUUAAUUAUUUCAUCUCUUUUUUGUUGCUCUCUCUGUUUUUUUGCCAACAAACGAAACGCAACGCAAAUUUCGAAUAUCUCAGUCAAAAAAUAUUUAUUUUCAAGGAUGACAGCUGUUUUUGCUUGAUGUUUAAAUAAUAAGAUUUUAUUGAACAAGUUUUGUUUUUUUUCUUUUUCCUGGUUGGUUAUGUAAUUUUCUAUCAAUCAUGUGAUUUUCGAAGAAGAAAAAAUAUCUGAAGAGCAGAAAAAUUGGGUUAAAAUUCAUGUCACAUUUUGUACACAUCAACAACAACUUCAUCAGAAUCACUUCAUAUGGAAAAUUAAAUUCAAAAGAAGAAAUAGCAAAAUCUUUGAUUUUUCAGAAGCCAACGGCUCAAUUGCUCCAGAACGUAUAAGUCCAUCACAAUCCGGUUCAAGUAAACGGAAAAGUCGACCAGUUAAACGAAUAAUUCAUGAAGAAGAGGUUAGUUUUUUUUCAAAGGGAGAAAAAGAGGAACACCAAAAAUGUUGCAAAAUUUUUGAAAUAAAUUAUUCAUGAAGAAAUAUGUACAGUAAGAUUCUUAGAAAAAAAAACAAACAUCUAGCUUUCAAUCCAUUCCAAAAUGGAACAAAUAAUUGAAUUGGGAAAUGUCCACAUUCACCCAAGACAUACACCCACGAAAAAAGCCAACAAAAAACGACGUUGCGUUGCAAAAAAGUAAAAAAAAAAAGAUGGGCUCAGAUUCAGAUUAUGUGGACAACAAGAACAAAAGGGAAAGCAAAAAAAAGAACAUUUCUUUUUUUGCCUCCUUUUUUGUCUAUUUGUGUGUAUGUCUCUUUUUCGCCCUUUUUUUAUUUUUGUUUUAUGUUUUUUGAAUAUGUCAAGUUAGCGGAAAAAAGUUGUGAGCCAAAUCUUUUUUUCUGGCGUUUUUUGGUUGAGCCUUUUUGCAACUUUUUUUAUUCGCUGAGGAUUUGAAAUUGAGCAUUUUCAAAUGUUUCCAACUUUUGUCUAUAGGUUUUUAGAAAAAUAUGGUAGAUCUUGAAUGAAAAUUUUGAAGGACUAGGAUUUUGACAUUGAGAAUUUCCUAAUUUACGGUUAAUCCCAAAUUCUUCAUUACUUCUCAUACAGUACUUCUUAUUUUUUAAAUUCUCUGGACCCGAGCCAUGGAAAUUCAAAUUUUUUUUUCCGAUUUUGAAAAUCAUUGUCUCCUAGCACCACAGUAAUCCUCUGAGUUCUAUGAUUUCAAAACCAAUCCCCCAAUUUUGAAAGGAUGUUGUGAAAACUACAGUAAUCCUUAUACAUUUUUCUGAAAAAUCAAGUCUCAAAUUUCUGAAGUCUAGCAAAUACAGCAAUCCUUUUCAUUCUGAUUCAUCUUUGGAAAACACUGUUUUUUUAACCAUUUCAGUAUGAACAUUUCCUUUCGCUACAGUAAUCCUGCUCAUUCUAAACCCUCCUACAUCAUUCAAUUCCUCCCUCUUUUAUGCCAAAUAUAUUUAGAAAAACAACUAAUUGUAAUUAUUAAUAUAUUUAAAAAAGUAGCGUGAUGAUGAUGAUGAGGGCCACGAAUGACUGGAGCAAAAAAAAAAGAAAAAAACGAGUAGAAGAGGAGUAAUUGAAUAAGUAAUGAGCAACGACGUCUUCGAGCCAUAUACACACAAAAAGGAAGAAGGAAAAGAUCUCUUCGUAUUCUGAAAGAGUCUCACAGACAACUAUUGCGUGUGUUAUUUGGAGACUUUUGGUCAUAGAUAAUUUUUUUUAAUUCAAAAAUCCUCUUCCUUCCUUUUUUCAUUUCUUCUUCAUUUUCCACCCUCUCCACCGAAAUUUGAGAACAUGGGUUACUGUAAUAAAGUAACUUUAUUUUAAACCUUGUUAAUCUGUUUCUCAUUGUUUCUCUCUUUUUGGAACAAAUUCUUUUUUACUUGCUUUGAAACGAGAACGAGAAAAGUGUCUUGAUGUGAGCCAUCUUUUUUUUGCAACAUCACUUUACUUUUUCUUCCCCCCCCCCCCCCAAAAAAGUUGCUUUUCGAAAUUUUCACUUACCUGCCUGCUUCCCUUUGAAAAAUAAAUAGUUAUUUAUAUAUUUUUCCGAAAAAAAAUUCAAAUGUCAUAAUAAUUGUGUAUGCAACUUGUUGACCUCGAUUUUCGAUUUAUGUACAUUUUUCAAUUCAUGUUUUUUUUUCCGAAUUUUUGGCGGUCAAUAUAAAUAAUCUUAAUUUGAAAUGUGUAUUUCUUGACAUAAAAUUUAUGGAGAAAAAACUUUUUCGGGCACCGCUUUGUUGAUUUAGUAAUCAUCGAAAGAGCAAAUUGAGCAAACGCAAGUUUUGUAAAUGAAAUAAAUAUAAAUUAAAUAUUUCAAUUUUUUGAGAAAAUAUUAUUGGGGGACUGUUAUUUUCUUACCGUACUUUCAUAUUUUCCAAAAAUAAUGUUCCUUCUCCUAGGUCCCCGACCUUUUCUAUAUAAAAAAAAACAAUUCAAACAAUCCAUGUUUUCUUGCAGGAUUUUGACACUGGAGAUUUGGAAUGCGCUGCCAUGCCUUUAGACUCGGCCGAACCAUUGUUGGCUUCAAUUCAACAACAAAUAAGCAGCUAUGCGAGUGAAGGAAGUCAUCGGUUAGUUUUCUUGUUCUUCUAUUGUUUUUUGAAUUUCUCUGAACUAGCCGACAUCUACAGAAAUCAUUGAAUUCUUAGAAAUCAAUCCCUACUCACAACCAAAACAAUUUCAGAAUGUUAUUUUAUUUUAGUUCAAUUUCAAAAAAAAAGAAACUUUUAUUCAUUUUCGGUGUUAAUUAAAUAGUCAUUCAAAUUAAAUGCGCGAAAAGAAAAGGGGUACGAAAAAAAGUAUACUUAAUAUUAUGCAACAAAUAUUAGAAUAAAAAAGUAGUGUCGAGAAUAAAAAGUUGUGUCACUUUUUUUGCUGAUAUUCCUAGUUUUCACAAGUAGUUUUUUGUUGUUGUUAUUGUUGUUGUUUUAUUUCGAAAAUGAGAUUGAUUCAAAUUUUAUUCAAAAUGGAAUAUUAUUGUUGCUUGAGGGCCUGUUUAAGAACGAAAAUAAGCAAAAUACUGAAAAUAAUAAUAAUAAUAAGUGAAAACAACACGAAAGGGUUCCUUAUUCAUCUUUUCAUUUCUUCCGUCAGCCCUCCAUUUUUUUUUCAUCCGUUUUUUUUUCAUUUUCUUAUGUCUGUCUCAAUGUACAUUGUACUGCGCCCAAAAAUUACUAAUGACCAAUAAAUUAGACGGACCACAUGCUCCAUUUCAAUGUUGCUCUUUUCUUUUUUUUCGAGUUUUGUCCCGUAUUUACAUAUGAGCACGGGUGGCGAACAUAUUUUUCUUUUUUCGUUUUUUUUUUGAGAUUGGUAGAGAGUUUUUUUUUCAUUCGGAACUUGAGUCAAAGGUACAGAAUAUUUUAGCAAAUAGUUUUUUAUGGAAAUCUGUCAAAACUACAGUAAUCUAAAAUUUUCGUUUGAAUUCCCAGGUUUCCCAGAUGAGCUUAUUGUGAAAACUUUUAUCGAAAAUUCCAAAAAUAGAAUUUGAUUAUUGCCUGAAAUCCUUCUAGUCUCCUAAGAAAAAUUAAAACUUACAUUUUUCCUUCUAGAAUCUUUACAAUAAUUUUAAUUAUUUCAAAAGUCAACUUGUCUUUUUGAUUUUUAUAAAACCCGAUCUAUUUUGCAAGCUAACUAAAUCAAAUCCAAAAUUCCAACGAACAAAAAAAAACACUUGAAAAAAGUGCGAAAUCUAUCACCCGUAACAAGUAAUAAUCCGAAACAAUAUAACAACUAGUUUUUAUUCAAUAUUUAUGAAAAUAAUAAUAAUAAUAUAUCCAUUUUUCAAUAUUUUCCGAUCGAGCGAGAAACAGUAACCAAAUAAAGUCUGUGUUCGUUUUUGGGUUUCAUUUUGUUAUUUUUUUUCUGCUCUUGUCAGGUAAUCGGAUAAAUGCAAUUAUUCAGGGUUUAUGCAUGCCAUAUAGAACCAACAUUUGUUUAAAAUAAUAAUUUGUUAUUAUUUUUUUCAAUGAUUAUUAUUUAUUUUUAUUAUGGAUAGUCAGUCAGUCAGUCAAUUUGUGUGUGUGUGGGGUGGUAGUGUCGGGAAAUAUAAAAUAUAUAAAGAACUCGUUUUUUUUUUCAUUCUCCUUUUCCGCUUUUUUCCCUUCUUCUUCCGCUGAGCAUUAAAAAGUGUCAAGAAGGCAGAAUAGAUGAAUAGAAUAUUGAGGUGAAAUGCGAAAUUCAUAGAAAGUUGCAUAUAUGCUACAACAAUAAGGUCUUGCCUUUUAUGUGCACAAACAUUAUUUUAUGCUGACUUUUUGCCUCUUUUUUGGGUUGGUAGAAGAUGGCGCAGCAAAAUGUUUGUUGGUUGAUCGAAGGCAUACUGUAGUUUUGCACUUUACAAUCAAACGGAACGAUUUUGUUGGAAAACAAACAUCAUUAGUGAGAAAUUUUUCACUGAUAUCUAACUGUACUGUUGUUUAAUUGGAUUCUGAACACACUUUCGUGUUUGAAGUAUACUGUAGAUUCAUAUUUUCUAUCAUCCCCUCUGAAUAUACUGAUGUUCUCAACAUCAAGGUUCCAAAAUUCAGUCUAAACAAAUAAUUUCAAACAUAGAAAGUGUUACUUGAUUUUUGCAAGUUUCUAAUUUCUAUUUUUAAAUUAGUUUAUUUUUUGAAUAUAACCACCGCACAGUUUCCACGAACUUUCAAUCAAUUUUAGUCCUGCACCUCACACAACGUUUUUUGUAAACAAAUAUCAUUAGUGGAAUUUUUUGGAAAACUAUAUUUUAUGUGAUUCUUUUCUAAUGAUUGGUUUUUGAACUCAAAGUAGCAUGGCACUUUAAAAUUUAUCUGAAAUGUCAAAUCAUUAGCGAACGACUUUUCUCGAAUACUGUACGUCUCUAAAAAUUUAUAUGUUCAUGAAAACUUCAAAAUCAAACAUUUUUCACUUUGGACGUUUUCAAAACAUUGUUGAGCUCUGAAUAUUAGGCCUGUAGUUAUUCUAAAAUUUGAGUAAAGUUUCAAAUUAGUGAAACUUCUUGUGUCUAUAUUCCAAUUCUCUUUGCUUCAAAAAUAUCAAAACAUUUUUCAAUUUUUGAGUUUCUGAUUCAAAAAACCACCCGUGUUUGAAUAUACACAUGAUGAGAAACAUCAAUUAUAAUAAAAAUAAUUCAAAUUCCUAGACAUUCCGCCAAAAAAACAGUCAUCUUUGUCAUACUCGUCAUCUUGUGAACUCAAACAACUUCUCUUUUAUGUUCUUUUUGUUUCCUCUUCAUUCAAAAGAUACCGUAAUCUAUCUUACUCAUUGUUGCCAAAUACAUAAAAUAUCUCACUUUUGUGAGAUUCUAUUCACUCGUGUUUGCCCUUUGUUUCUUACCAAAAAUUCUAUAAAAAGAAACUUGGAGUAUUUCUAGAUAAUGUGAAUCUUUUUUUGAAAUUUUUGUAUGUAUGUAUUCAAGUCGAUACGUUAGAAACAUACAAAUAAAAGACACACUAUUCAUUUCCGCCCGAAAAACCCUUGUCCAAUUUUCUAUACUCUCACAAAAAAAUGGCCGAAUAUAAUUUUAAUGCAUCAAUUUUAAUGCACUGGUCGAAAAUGGAACAUGCGCGCAAAAAAAAACUUGAGUAACUCCAUUUUUUGGGUGUUGUUUGUGUUGUUUAUGGGUUUUACAUACAUAUAUCUGAAGAAAAUUCUUCGUUUCAAUUUCUGGAAACUAUCGUAUACCACAAACAAUAUUCCUUCUUGUUCUCAAAAGAAAAUUAAUAAUAACAAAGUUCCGCUAUGAUAAUAUAAUUAAAUUUGUUUCUUCUGUUUUAUUACGCUUACAUAUUUUAUUGUUUCAAUUUUUCCACAGCAGCAAACAUUCUAUAUAUUUUCUAGUUUCUGUAACACGGAUAUUCAACAUUUCAGUUUCAUGCUUGAUUUUCAAUUUUCAAGUUUCAAUUUUAAGUCAACCAAACUUCCGGUUUUGUCCGAAAAAAAGUGUUGCAUUAAUCAAAAAAAAAAGAAAAUAGUUAGUUCCUUUCUAUAAAAAUAGUAAGCUCGAGUUUGGUGGAUGAAAAAAAGAAGGCACAAAGACAAUAAAACAAAUUUUAAUUAAAUUAGGAACACACAUACACACAUGAUUUUAAUAUUAUUAGUGUUAUUUUUUUAUUCUACUGCUUCUGCUUCUCCGGUUUUUUUCCCUUCUUUUAUUUCAUUUCAUAUGGUUCUCUGUCUAGAAAAGUUUUGCUGAUAUAGAUGUUACCUUGAGAGUUAGGACCCUCUAUAUUCCUCUCAUCUUAUUGCAAUAUCACCUCUCCAAUAUCAUUUCAAAUUCUUUCCAGGGAGGAAGACGAAGGUGCAUCAUCUGAAGUAUUAUCAACGGGAAGUGUCGACGAAUCGAUGGAGCAAAACACACUUGCGGGUAAUGAAUUAUUGAGAAGAGUUGCCGAAGUUUUAUCAUCGGGUCAAUUAAACGGAAAUGGUUCUAUAGCUAAUUCAUUUCUUCAACAACAAAUAGUUGCGAGUAAAGGUUAGUCUGAUUACUGUAGUCGUUUUCCGAAAAGUCACACAUUUUUUAUUCAUUCAUCCAUCAUCUGAAUAUUCAUCUUCUUUUUCUUAUAAAUCAAACCAAUAUUUGAAUCUUUUAAUUACAGUACUUCUUAUGUAAACAUAGAGUAACUUCCAGAUUUGUCAUUUGACACAUCAAUUCUGACUAAUAAUGUGAUGCCGACUGCACAAAUGUCACCAUUAUUCACCGGAACCCAACAAGAUAUGUAUCCAUCACCGGAACGAAUAUUACAAGCAAUGUUAACACCAAGUCUUGGUUUUGCAUUGGGCAACAAUUCGUUGGAUUUUGCAAACGCUCAAACCAACGGGCUAUUACAAACACCAUUGAUUUCGCCAAGUUCGAGUUUAUUACAAUCCUUGAUGACAGCGCAAAAUGCGACAAAUCCACUUCCAAAGAAACCCGAAAAUCGUCCACCAGUUGUGUCGCAAACUUUGAAAGCAACUAAAAGACGAUUAUUCACCGAUGAUGAACGAGCAAGAGCUGAGGCUGCUAAUCUCAAUAAUGAGGAACGAAUUGAUAUGAGUGAUUUGGAAGCGUUUGCACAAACUUUCAAAAAACAACGUAUAAAGUUUGGUAAGUCCAGGAUUUUUGAAAUAAAAUCAAUAAAAACAAUUUCAAAAAAAUUCCAGGAUUCACUCAAGGUGAUGUUGGUGUCGCACUUGGUAAAAGAUAUGGCACUGAUUUCUCGCAAACCACUAUUUCACGUUUCGAAGCUCUUAACUUGAGCUUCAAGAAUAUGUGCAAACUUCGUCCAUUGUUGAAAGAAUGGUUGGCUGAUGUUGAAGCAGCUAUUGAAGGCGGUGCUACCAUCACAGAUCUCAUUGAGAGAAGAAGUUCUUCAGCUCUGCAACCGCCAACUGUUCAUGAUAUUCAUGUGGUAAGUUUUUCAGGGAGCUAUUUAUGAAACUCUAUGAAUAAUAAAUUUCAGUUCCAAGCAACAUCGGAAGCUUCAAACUCACCAGUCCCAGUCAUUCAAAACUUGUUGGUGAAUCGUGAUCAACAUGUAAAACGACGAAGGAAACGAACAAACUUGGACCUUAACCAGGUAUUUUGAAUCCUUAAAAUUUCCAAACUCCUAACCUAAAUCCCCUUUUUUCUAGAGAGCCUCUCUGGAUGCUUACUUCAAUAUGAAUCCACGUCCUGAUCAUGAUCGAAUGACUGAAAUCGCAAACGCUUUGGAACUUGAUCGAGAUGUUGUUCGAGUAUGGUUUUGUAACCGGCGGCAAAAAAUGCGACGUGUUGAUGAGCCGGUUGAGGGCGAAGUCGCCACACCAAGUGUUAGCCCAAUUUUUGCAAAUGUAAGUUUAAAAAAAAGAAGUUAUGGUUCUUGAUUUAAAAAAAUCAAAUAUUUUUCAGUUGACUACACUUGAACAAUUCCAAGAGGUUGCGAAAUUGGCACAAGCUCAACAUAACAUUGAUGAUAGUGAGUUCAAAGUCUUCCAGAAAUCUUCCAAUUUUAUUAUUUUCAGGCGAUGAAACAUCUGGAAGUCCUGAUGCUCAAUCAGUAAACCUCGACAUUAAACUUGAGCCCCAAUUUUCACAAUUCACAUAA